AUGCUGGUGCUGGCCGUCUACGUCACCACCUUCCUCGUGGGGUUCCCGGCCAACGUCUUCGCCUUGGCCACGCUGCUGAGCAAGGCCCGCCGGGGCCUCUCGCCCGCCGAGAUCCUGCUGCUCAACCUGACCGCGGCCGACCUCCUCCUGCUGCUCUUCCUGCCCUUCAAGAUGGCCGAGGCAGCCGCCGGCAUGACCUGGCCCCUGCCCGCCGCCCUCUGCCCCCUGGCCAACUUCUGCUUCUUCUCCAGCAUCUACCUGAGCAGCCUCUUCUUGGCGGCCCUCAGCGUCGAGCGCUACCUCGGCGUCGCCUUCCCGCUCUGGCACAAGCUCCGGCGCCGGCCCCGGCUCUACCUGGCCGUCAGCGCCGGCCUCUGGCUCCUGGCCUGCUCCCACUGCUCCGUGGUCUUCUUCGCCGCCUUCCGCCCCACCAACAGCUCCGCCGGCGAUGGCGGCGAUGGCUUCGGCCCUCGGGCGGCCAACCCUGAGGUUCUGGUGGUCAACGGGACUGAGGUGGCCAACCCUGAGGUCUUGGUGGUCAACAGGACCGAGGUGGCCAACCCUGAGGUCUUGGCGGUCAACGGGGUUGAGAUGGCCAACCCUGAGGUCCUGGUGGUCAAUGGGGCCAAGACGUCCAACCCCAAGGUUCUGGUGGUCAACGGGGCCGAGAUGUCCAAUCCUGAGGUCCUCACAGUCAACGGGGCCAAGAUGGCCAAUCCCAAGGUCCUCACAGUCAACGGGGCCAAGACGGCCAAUCCCGAGGUCCUGGCAGUCAACAGGGCCAAGACGCCCAACCCUGAGGUCCUCGCGGUCAACAAGUUGUCCAACCCCCAAGACGCCAUCGCCAACCGUGACAGGCUCUCCAGCUCCGGUGGCUUCACGGCCAACGGCUCCACGACCCCCAACCUCGGCCUCGAUGGACCUGGGGCCUCCGUCCUCCAAGCCACCGCCCCGCCGAGCGUCCCCGGCGGCGCCCAGGGCUUCCCGGCCGGCCGCGACGCCCCGACCUGCGGCGGCUCCCAGACGAGCUUCCGCUGCUACGACGACUUCUCCAAGGCGCAGCUGCGCUUCGUCCUGCCGCUGCGCCUGGAGCUCUUCCUCGUCCUCUUCCUGCUGCCCUUCGCCGUCACCGUCUUCUGCUACGUCAACUUCGUGCGGGCCCUGCUCGCCCGGCCCAACAUCCCGCUGCGGAAGAAGCAGCGCGCCGUGGGGCUGGCCGUGGCCACCAUGGUCAACUUCGGCCUCUGCUUCGCCCCCUACAACCUCUCGCACGUGGUGGGCUUCGCCCAGCAGCGCAGCCCCGGCUGGCGGCCCUACGCCCUGGUCCUCACCAGCCUCAACGCCGCCCUCGACCCCCUGGUCUUCUACUGCUCCUCGGCGGCCGUGCAGCGGGCGGUGGCCGCCGUGGCCGUGGCGGCGCGGGGCCGGGCGCGGGCCCUGGCGUCCCGGUGCUGCAGGCUGCGGCCCGCCGAGGCCGCCGCGGAGGAGACCGACGGGUCCUCGACGUGA